AGAGAGGAUCGGAGACACAGGAUGAGCGACACGAUUGAGAUGCUGAAGGUGUUUACAUUGAGUUGUUUGUUGUCAUUUUUCUCCCUUAUAUGUUCAGAUGUCGUGUCUUCGGGAAAGUUCAAUUAUCUUUUUAGUACCUGGGGUUUUUACAAUGAAAAAUAUACAUAUUUUAGUGAAGGGGAAAGGAUAGAAAACUUAGAUCACGUUCGCCGUAUGUUCCAACAUGGUUACGAUAGCUACCUUCAAUACGCCUUUCCAAAGGAUGAAUUGGAUCCUAUUCACUGCAGAGGCCGAGGGCCAGACAAGGGCGACCCAUCAAAUAUAAAUAUCAAUGAUGUACUAGGAGAUUAUUCACUUACCUUAGUUGACAGCUUAGAUACUUUAGCAAUAAUGGGAAAUACCUCAGAAUUCAAGAACGCUGUUGAAAUGGUUAUAGGAAAUGUCCACUUUGAUACGGACAACACAGUACAGGUGUUCGAAUCAACUAUAAGAGUUCUAGGAGCACUUUUAUCAGCACAUAUUCUUAUUAUGGAUGACAACAAACCCCUGGGUGAUAUACGUCCAAAUGGUUAUGCUAAUGAGCUGCUUCAUCUUGCCCAAGAUCUUGCCAAUCGUCUUCUUCCUGCCUUCGAUGGAACCGGCACAGGUCUUCCACACCCAAGGGUGAAUCUUCGUUUUGGUAUUCCAAUAAAUGGAUCCUUUGAAACCUGCACAGCAGGGGCGGGGUCACUGCUUUUAGAAUUUGGAACUCUGAGUCGUUUACUUGAUGACCCAGUGUACGAAAGAGCCGCGCGAAAUGCUGUUGAAAUUUUAUGGUCACAUAGGUCAGAAAAUACUGGAUUACUCGGAAAUGUGAUUAAUAUUCAGACGGGUCAGUGGAAGGGGCAGCAGAGUGGAGUAGGCGCUGGACUUGAUUCAUUCUUUGAAUACCUGUUAAAGUCUUUCAUCUUGUUUGGUGAAGAAAGGGAUCUGCAGUUAUUUAAUGAGGCAUAUGAUAACUUAAAGAAAUUCAACCGUAGAGGGAGGCGUGAAUGUAACUCUGGAAAAGGAGAGACUCCAAUGUAUGUAAAUGUAAGAAUGGAAGAUGGGAGGACAAUCAAUUCUUGGAUUGACUCACUGCAGGCAGCCUUUUCUGGAGUUCAGGUUUUAAAGGGUGACAUUGAUGAAGCAAUAUGUAGCCAUGCUAUUUAUUACGCAAUCUGGCGCAAGUAUGGUGCUCUCCCCGAACGUUAUAACUGGCAUUUGAAGAAACCAGAAGUGUUCUUCUAUCCUCUACGACCAGAGCUAGUGGAAUCUACUUAUUUUUUAUACCAGGCAACCAAAAAUCCAUUUUAUUUGAGAGUAGGAAGUGAAAUUCUUCAAAGUAUAGAAAAGUAUUCAAGAUCAGAAUGUGGUUAUGCCACCUUGCAUAAUGUUAUUGAUAAGACACACGAGGAUAGAAUGGAAAGUUUUUUUCUAAGUGAAACCUGUAAAUAUUUAUACUUGUUAUUUGAUUUUGAUAAUCAUGUGAAUAAAGAGAGCAAUAAAUACAUCUUUACAACCGAAGGCCAUAUAUUACCGAUUCUAAAACGAGGUCAGACAGAUACGACAAUUCGUCAGAACGAUAAUUGGAAGACGUGUAUUCGGCCAGCUACAAAUGAAACAGAUUGUGCAAGUAUUCCAGAUGAAAGGCGAUAUUUCCUACCGAUGAAAACACAGUAUUUGGAACAAAUUGAUCGUCUCAUUGGUUUAUGAUGACGCCCCUAGUCUUUGAAAUGUGGCAAAGGCAAGCCAAACCAGUCACUCGUCGCAAAUCAUGUUUCAGAGAUAAUGGCCAAACAUGCUGGAAUGUCAACAUUUUUUUAAAACUAUUUUAUUGCACUAAACUAACCUUUAUAUAUAUGUUAUUUUUCUUAUUUUCAAUGUUAAAACAACAAUUUUGGACGAUUUGGUGAUGAUUUCUGCCUGUGAAAUUCCCGAAAUGAUAAAUUUUGAAGGCUGAUUUCUCAAAUAUUGUUCUUUAAACAGCUGUAUGUUUAAAUGCUUGUAACUUCAUAAGGAAAUGUCAGAUUUAAAUGAUUUUUUCACCAUUUUAUAGCCCACUUUUUACUGUUUACCCCUGUAUAAUAAUAACUAAAAGUUUUUGCGACGACUGACUGGUUUGGAUUGUCUUAACCACAAAUAUAAUACAGUAAUAGCCUCAGCACAAAAGAUUACCAGAACAUUUGAAAACAACUAGGGUUAAGAUAAAUUUGUUUUUCAAAUAGAUUUUUAUUUUUAUUUUUUUAUAAAAUGAUGAGCUGAAAAUAUUCUACCAUAAUAACUGCACUCAAUUACAAAGUUAAUAGAGAUUUAUAGACAGUUAAGAUUAUUAGGAAAGCAAAUUGAACAGUGCCCUCUCCUGUGAGUGAUGUCAUACUGAGGUGUUUAUUACCAGGGCUCUAUAAUAAUAAUGAUAUUUUUGGUCUUUUUAUUUUUUUUCAUAAUGCCAAAUACAGAAGUUGUUUUAUUUUAAUAGUAUUGAUUUCAUUAAUCAACCAAUUGAACAAAACAAAAAUACAUGGAAAUAUCGUGAAUUUGCAGGAGAAACGAUAUUUCUGAAAGAUUCAUACUUGCUCGCCGAAGUGCGGGAGGCCGUAUGCUUUCCGGGAGUCUUCCACGACUUGUGAGAGACUUAAGACCCCUGCUUCUGUGUAACAGAGGUAUUAGUGUGUUGUCGCUGAUGCAGUUUUUAUCAAAUCCUCCAGAUUGGUCGUUUGAGUUUCAAUUAGGUGCACACCAUCCAUUUUAGUUCGUGACAGCUGCUUCAUCUUCCAGACCUUCUUUGUUAAGUCUCCUUCAUGCUGCCAUUGAUGUCCCUUUUCUAUAAUAUAUAGACCAGCUGUGCAUGGUCUCUGAUGCAGUUUUACCAAAUUCCCCAGAUUAGUCGUCCCAGUUUCCAUUAUGUGCACACAUCUUCCAGAUGCGAAGUGUAAACCGUUGGUUCUCUUUUUUUCAUCAUUCUUCAAAUUUUGCAUUGUUUUCAUCCAUUGUAGUUCUUGACAGCUGCUACAUCUUCCAUAUCUUCUUUUUUUAAGUCUUAUACCUGCUGCCAUUGAUGUCCCUUCUGUAUAACAUAGAGACCAUCUGUGCAUUGUCACUGACAGCAGUUUUACCAAAUCUUCCAGAUUAGUCGUUUUAGUGUUCAUUAGGCACACAACAUCUUUCAGAUGUGAGGUGGUUUAAGCUGUUCGUUCGCUGUACAUAUGGUCCAAGUGCGCCAUAAAAAAUGUGGUACACUUUUGGAAAAAAUUAGGGUAUGUAUUCCAGUGUACUGCCAAGUUCAAAACCAGAAGAACCUCCUUAAUUAAAAAUGAGUCUUCAGACUUUUGUGCGUUAACCUUGACAUUUUUCAAACCAAAAAAUUAAAUCCACUACACCCCAAUAGUCAUUACUGAAGAUUCUGGAAGCUCCCUGGGAGUUUGAUGAGGUCUUACUGGUACUUGGUUGUGCUAUCAUCCUUCCUUAAAUACCGCCCUCUAGAGUCUUCAAACUUUGCUUAUUGACAAAGAGUAUAAAACUGCAAGAGGUCUGACUACCCUUAUUUUGUAUACAGGCAAUGCAACAUUAAAAAGUACGAAAGGGCGUGUCCUUCAUAAGAACGUAAAAGGCGUUCGUAUCGAACGCGUGCUGCGUUUUGAAUUCCUGCAUACAUUCUAUAGACACAGCACGCGUUCGAUAUGAACGCACUUUACGUUCUUUUAAAGGCCACGCCCCUUUUGGGUAGUACUUUUUAAAAAUAGGAUUGCGUUUCAAAGAAUCCCAGGCAGUUGGACCUCUUGCAGUUUUAUACCUUUGUUAUUGAGAAGCUGCAUGUUGAGUAUAUCUGUUUCAUUACACUAAAACAAAUAAUGGCAACGAUUAUGGAAAGAAUAAACGUAACCAUUAUGGUGAUGAGGAUGACGGUGAUGAAGAUGGUGUUGGUAAUGGUGAUGAUGGUAAGGGUGAUGAUGAUGAGGCCAGGGUGAUGAUGGCGUAAUGAUGAAAAUGAUGAGACUGAUGGUGAGGAUGAGGGUAAUGGUAACAGUAAGGAUAUUUUGUUGGCAUAAUUACGAUAAUGCAAUUUUUAAUAAUAUAAUAUAAUAUAUAGAAAUAAUUAUUUAAUGUAGGUUGCAAUUAUGGCAAUGUUAUUAAUCAUGGGAGCAGUAAUAAUGUAAAACAUCAUGUAAAGUAUAAAUUAAAAAUUCUUUUUUAAAUGUUUCUUAGUAUGUAAAUUUCAAACCAAAUAAUUAUCUAUUUAUGUUUUAUGUUUUACUGUAGUAUUAUUAUUAUAGAAUUUAUUUUGUUGAAUUUUGUUUUCUAUGGAAUCAGAACAGAAAUACUAGACUAAUAUUGUUUAUGCAUCAUGCUUUCCACUUCUUGAAAGUAUUAAUUAUUCAUCACUUGAGUGUUUGUUGUCACUGUAAAUUAAAUGACUUUUAUCUGAAAGAAAUUUGGUGAUAAUUUUGAUCAAUGUUUAUGAUGAUGAUGACAAAUCUAUGAUGAUGAUGAUGGUGAUAACUGUAUGGCAGCAGACAUUGAAUUGCAUUGGCAUCGUAUGCUAACAAAAAUCAAGAUGUUCAAUAUCUACUUAGGAUAAUAAAUGUUGAUGGUAAUGUAAAAAACGAUAAUGAUUAUGGAUUAAGAUGAUGCGAUGAUGAUGAUGAUAAUGAUAAUGACAUGUACAGCAUCUUUGAUGUAUACUCCGUUUCAUUGACAUUGGCACUUUUACAAAUGUUUGAUUUAUUGUAAUGAAAAUGACAAUGAUGACAAUGAUAAUACAUUGCUAAUGUUGUGAUUUUGUUAUACUGUACUUUAUUUUAUUAAUCAAUGCCAUUGUAUUCUAAACGUGUAUGUAUUUUAGUUGCAACAUUUGAUUCCUUGUAUAUCAAUAUUUUAGUAUAAAUAGGCAACACUUUUUUUAUACCUUGUUUAGUGAACCCGCCGUCUGCCAAUAAUGAUUUCGAAUAAAAUUAAAAUUUUAUUUUUUGCCAAUUACCACACUCACUGCCACGAAAAAUGGAAAUUUUAGACAAUUUAAAAAAAAAAAUUUUUAUUACACCUACAGUUGCCUUGAAAUCAAAGAAAAUAAGAUAUGUAUAUUUCUUCGUAAUUAUGUAUAUUUAAAGCAUUAAACCAUCGCAUUACUACAUUGUUUAUAUUUAACAUUAAAAUUUUAUUUUCAUUAUUUCCUCUGUCUGGAUGUUUGUGGGCAAAAAAAAAUUAUUUUUAUUAUUAUAUUUAACAAGGAAUAAAAAAUCCUGUGCUGUAUUCAGUAGUGGUUUUGGCUAGAACUGUAUGUUGAUUUCAAAUUAUUUUAUAGUUUAGUACAUGUAGUAUAAUACUGUACAGUGGCGUAUCUAAGAUUUUUGAAAUGAGGGUGCUAAUGGGGGUAGGAAGUGGUGGCACGCAGAGGUCAAGUAGGGAGGCUCGGUUAAGUGAGGGCUAGCUUUUUAGGAUGGGGGUGGUGUGCGCGCCCCAGGCACUCUUAGAUAUGUUACUUUUACAGUAGUUUAUUAAUCAAACACUAAAGUGGCCACCAAAUAUUAGGAAUAAAAAUUAAACUUUGAUUUGACUUGGCAGCUGUGUAGGCUGUACUGAUGAGAUACAAGGCUUAAAUAUGUUUUGUUUUGUUUAAAGAAAUGUCUGAAUAUCUUAACAACUUACAGUUGGUUAAUGUUUUUAUUGUGCUUAUUUUAUGUUAACAUAAGGAGGUAAUUAUGCAGUAUUGAAGCAAAUUUCUUUGAAAAUUCUCGUAUAAUUAUUUAUCGUACGAUGGGGAGCCAUUAAUAAUCAUAUUGUUAUAUAAUCCUGGGUAUAUAUUGACUACUUAUUUUUGUUAAUAAAACAAAUUCUUGAAAAUACUUUAAAA